AUGACACAUUUCUUCCUCAUGGAGCCGCAACAAUCCUCAAUAUAUCACACUCUGGGCCGACCGACCCGUCGCACAUCCAGCACAUCCCAAGUCGACCCGAAACGAUCAAAUAGCAUGCCUAGCUUGGAAGGCAGUUCUAGCCCGACUGAUACUGUCGCCUCCGACACAGGUUCGCGCCACAACAGUACAACUCUUCGCACUUUCUCUCAUGUACCCGGCACUGCAGCAGUGGAGCGAGCACGUCCAGCACCCUCAGAUGCAGAUAUCAUAUUAGUACCUGUCAAAUUGGAGAACAAAUUUCGCAAAUCUUCCAUUGAUGGAGCAGAAGAUCUUCCAGGCCGCCCUGCACCUCGAUCAUUCUUUCGCCGGCUAUCUACUCGAGUAGCGCCUGGCUAUGAUAAUGCGGCGGCAAGGGAAGAGAAGUAUCAAAUCAUCAAGAUGCCACGAGAAGAUUAUAAAAGAUUCUUCCAACGUGAUCAAAAUGGGAAUUAUGCCGGCGAGGAGGAGGAGAGGACCUGGGAUGAAGAAGAACUGAAUAGAGAAUUUGGCGCAUACCAGGAUGCACCGCUGGGUUCUAGAGUAUGA